UCCACACUGCUAUUCACUGUGGUUCUGCAAUAUCUCAAAUAUCUUAGCAUGGGCUAAUUUCACGUACAGAAUAACCGAAUUAAAAUCGCCACAAAUUCUCUUCUAAAUUACUCCACUAUUUUACUAAAAUGCAUCAAAUAUUCGUACAAACAAAAAAAUGAAAAAAAAACUGCAGUUAAAUUGUGUUGCUCCAAAUUGUCAAAAGUGCAUGUCAAAGAACUUAGGAAAAGUUCACGUGUACCGACCUGUCCAAGUAUACUUGGAGUAAAGUUUUUUUCAUCGCACCUGCUAGUGGAAAAUUUCAUGUUUUUCGCUAGAUUAUGAAAAUAACUUACGAUUAGAAGAUCGUAUUUAUUGCAAAAAUCGUUUGUGCAGAGAAAACAUGCAAAGUUUGAUUAAGUGAGUGAUUUAGAAUCAACUCCCCGGUAGGAUCUGUGGCACGAUUAUUUGGGUUGUACUUCGUAUUGAUUUGCUGGCAGUGGAAAGGUGAACAAAGUUCUGCAGAAAGCUCGUAGGUUGUAAAGAGUAAACGUUAAAUAGCUGGUCAAUUUCCGUCUGGACGUUGGUAAGCUCGAGCCCUUGCAAAAAGGUCGUUGCAGUUCGUGUGUGCAGCUAUGUCUAGUCAGAUUCCGCCACUGGUAUGUCAUACGCCUCCACCUAUAGAUUUUGACGCGGAUGACGACGACGAUGAUUACGGGUCGGAUAUACCUGAGGACGAUGUGAUUGGUGAUAUCGACGACCGCGCCGGCACCGACUGCCCGGACGAUGACUUUGGGGAGUUUGCAACAGUACUGCCCGGACCCACGAACCUGGAUCCGCUUGCUACCGAGGCUGUGAUAGACAAUGAGUCGGUGCACCGUACCAGUAUUCCGGUGGCAGUAGAAACCAAAGGCAUCACGUUUCCACCACGGCUAGGAACGGACAGUCCUCCGUCCUUGAUAUUGCCACCAAAUGAUUAUAACGAGGCGAGUGUCGAGGAAACAGCUGCCGGUGGCAACGGAAUCGACGACGAAGAAGAUAUCGAUUUUCAACCAUUCGGAAGUCCGUCGCAGCAGCCCGAACCACCGCCGGAAGACAGCAUCAGCUUACCGUCGUUACAUUUCGAUGCGGAUGUUUCAAAAUCGGAGGAAGACGAUCACGUACCUGCCCAACCGAAUGCCACAAGCUCCGCGUCCUCGGGUUCGGGAAUCGAGACGGAGGUUGACUUACCGGUGGCAGCGGCGGCCGAACGCACCACACCCGUAAUACAGGAGUGUGGCAGGUUCGACGAUAAUACAGAGAACGAUUUUACCGAUUUUACCACCGCCUCGAAUGAACGGUCGUCGGUGGUGCUGGAAAUUCCAACCGCGAACGACGUUUCGUUCGAACUGGAUGACUUUGCUCAGCUAGAAUCAACGCCCUCGGCCGACAGUAACUUUGUGUCGCAGCAGAGCCGUGCCGACUUUGCCACGUUCGAUGCGGAUUUUAGUAAAUUCGACUCAUUCCAAGCGUCGUUCCCGGCAACGGUUGACGAUGCGGUACCGGUAAAGACGCCCGUAGAGGAAACCAAGUCCAUGCCAAUCAUUGAACAGACGUCGGUUAACAAACUGCACGAUCCACAACCACCGGAGGAUGAUUUUGAUGAUUUCCAGGAGUUUGCUAACUUUUCCGAGCAACCGGUGGCAACUGUUUCAACGCAUUUUGUGGAAAAUUCCCCCGCCGCUAGAACUAAGCUGGAAGCUACCGCCGAAUCAUCCAUUUCAACGGUUGAAAGUGUUAAACGAGACGUUGAAACGCCCCCGGCCGGGAGUGGCAGUACCGCGCCGAACGAUACCUCCGACGUUGAUGAGGAUGAUGAUGAUUUUGGAGAAUUUAGUGAUUUCAAGCAAUCGGAAACGGUCAGUACACCUACAGCAGCACCACCACCACCACCACAAAUUUACACCUUUUCCAUGGAAAACGUGCACAAGCUGCUUGAGGCAAUGUUUCCCAGCAUCGCCGCACCGGAACCACUUACCGCCGAUACAGGUCAGCAAACGGCAGUGGCAAACAACAUUCCCCACAGCAAGCUCCAUUCCCAGCUGCAGGACUUUGACAACACGAACGCACUUACCUAUCAGCACGGCAAGUCGUCCAGCAGCAAAACGCUUGUGACGGCGCUCGGUAUCGAUUCGCGGAAUAUAAUGUACGGACCGAAAUGGAACAGCUCAAUGCCAAGGUUUGCGGCAAACCUUAGCUUUAAUCCACUGGAACCGCUCAAACCGGUUACGGCGUCGGUGGCAAAAGAGUCCGGGCCGCAUGCCAACGAAAAGAAUGCCAACGUAGCGCCAGCUGCGAAAGCGACGAGCAGCAGCACCCUGUCGGCGCACACACUCGAUCCUUUGCAGGCGAAUCUGGCGCAUCCGAACGCAUCCGUGCCGGCGGCACAGUUUGACUGGACCAGUUCCGGUUUGGUGAAUCCGCUCGAAGCAUCACAUGCACACACAUUAUUAUUGGACCUAGAACAGCUAGUGGUGAUGGCAAGUCUGAACGAUAAAAUAAAUGUUGAUUCCUCCUCCUACUCCCCUGCACACCGGUCCACGUGUAAUGUUGCUAAUACUGUGCAACUGCGAUCGGCAACGGCCACAACAACAACAACAACAACACCUUCACCAACUUUACCACAACUACCACCAACACCACCACCAAUACCAACACCAACACCACCUACAAACCUGCCGUCUUCACUGCUUCCGUUACCGUUACCUUCAAUGAAUACGCAAACGGGCAACAAUUCGGUCCCGCCGAUGGAUUGCUUCACUACCGCGCCGUUGCUUGUCUUCGCCGAUGUCGAUUGCGAUCGGUUGACCGGCCCAAUAAUACCGUCGGCAACCACCACAACAACGGCCACAACGGAUCAAUUGGUAUCGAUCGAUGCCACGCCGUGCACAAUGGCGGUUGACUUGUUGCAACCGAUCGUUCCGCCUGAACGUCGUCCGCAAACGUUUGACGAUUAUUUGGAUCUUAGUGUCCAGGAAAUGCUCCAAAAAGCCGUCACUGGUCAGCCCGAGGAUGGGACAAAGGGCGAAGUUUUGGAUCCGCAAGUCGCAGAAAACGCAAGCCCGACUGCUGCAGAUGACAUAGCAGUAAAGCUGUCCUCGUUUGCAGCAAACCCGACGACUGCCCUAUCCUCCCGGCCGGACGAGUACGAGGACACUAGUACGCUUGAGUUUGCCAUGGCUCCACAGCCGGUGCAGCAUGAGCAGCAGCAGGUUGAGGAGCAGCUAGAAUCCGCACCACCACCGCCCCAUCAAUACGUCUCAUCCCAUCAGCAGCAGCAGCAGCAAUCUAUGUCAAUUUCCUCCUCCUCCUCCUCCGCCAACAGUGUGCCUGUGGUACGCACUAUAAAGCUUCCCGAAACACACAUCUUUACCCCCAGCCGGGGCGUAACUCCCAUCUCGCGCGACAUUACCGACCGUGACAUUGUGGUGCGCGAGUAUCACGAUGUCGAGUACAGCCUGGAACGAUCGGCUGCCAGCCGGAAGGAGUCAGAUUUCGACGAGUUUAACGAUUUUCAAUCGGUAACCAGUCUGCCUACGGUUGCGCCAGACCCACCCAUAAUGGGUGCGUUCGACCCUGUGCGGCCGGUAAUUGGUCGAACACCUGCGGAAGAGCUGGAGCAGCGCAGGCCAGAACCGAUUGGACAGUCGACAGAUAGCAGCAUUAUGGCGGAAAGCAUCGAUGAUGAUGAUGAUGAGUUUUCGGAUUUUCAAGCUGCUGUUCCGCCAGUAGCGGCCGUUCCCGCACCGAUCAAUAGGUCCGUUACAAGCAUCCAAAACAAUCGGUCCACCACAAGCUCGCCGGUAAUGUUGCUCAGUCCGGCGAUACUGUUGCCACAGCAGGCAAACACAACCACGCUGGAGAAGGAAUCGCCUACCGUGCGGCAAAAUGCCUCGACCGGUUCGAUUAAUUGGCCCGAUCCAGGAAUUGAUCCGGAUGAGCUGGCACGGUUCGAGGCUGCGUUUGCCAAACCGUCCGUUCCUGCGGCUGUCCCGGUAUCGACCGCUGCAGCUAGCAACCAAAGUUUGCCAAGUGCCCCGAAAGCGGCAGCAAUCGAGGAAGACGAGUGGACCGAUUUCAUAUCAUCCAAACCGGCGAAUGAGUUGAGCAGCCAAUCGUCCGCAUCAUCCACCUUACCUGCGGUGGCAGCACGCACCGGUAAUGAGUCGGGAGCGCAAGAGGAAUGGACCGAUUUCAUUUCCAGCAGUGCGGGUACGACCGGUGGCUACACAUCACAGAAUCGUCUCUCGUCUAGUCAGAACAAUUUCAACUAUCCGCGUACCGCACCAGCAGCAACUGGUGGUGCGAAAGCAUCCAAUUCCGGCUGGGCCAACCAACCGCACCUACCCCCGCCACAGUUUAGCUCGUGGAACAGUAACAGUCUGUACUACAACCCGAUGUCAUCGUUGCCUUUAACGAACCAACAGCACGCUUCGCAGUACGCGCCGCACCAGCAGCCGUUCUACAACCGGGCGGAAAUGCCCUCCAUGGCCGGCUACAGUGGUUCACCGAAAGUGCCAACUAAUCCGCAACAUCAUCAUCACGCACCCAUGCCGCAGUCGCUGGUGAUGGGACAGCAACCGCCGGUGCAGCUGCUGCCCGAGCUAUCCUUCAUAACGCCCAACUCGGCCGGGCAUGGUGCGGCCGCACCCAAAUCCACCACACAUUCCUUUCUCAGCAACGUGAUAUCGAGCAACAGCUUUACGAAGAAAUGAUUGUUGCUUAACCACGGUUCCGACGGUGACGGAGCCGGAAUGGAUGCGUACCGGCAGGAUCGUGCCCGGUACCGUAUGGCUGGAAGCAGCAGUGUGGCCGAUUCUACCGGUGCAACCGUAACUGUGGGAGACAUCAUUAUGUAAAUACCGGUAUCGCGUACCGGCUCCUUCACCACCGGUGAACGCGGAACGCGCUUUACGUGUUCCCUGUUUGUUCGUCGAUUUUAGCUAGGGAGAAUAUUUAUCGCAUACCCACUCGCUGUUGUAGAGAUCUAUAGAGUCAUUACCCGCGGACAAGUAAGGCGGAUGAGGUGCAUGUGGAUGGAGAGUUUGAUGGGUUCUGUUGGCGUAUUAACCAAAAAAAAGGGAAGAGGAAGAAAACCACUUAAAUCGCGCCCUUAUAAGUCACCCCCUUCUCCUCCUAGCUGCGUGGAGCAAAGCGUGUGAACUUGCUUGCAAACGUGCUCAGUCAAUCGUUGCGCCCCUUCCGCGAAACCAAUGUUACAAACAAAGGAAUUUAGGGCCAGUCGAGGUAAUCUUGUACCGGCGGCAUCGUACUUACUAGGAUUUUACGGCGUUGACAUGGUUCGAGCACCAUGCUGUAGGUUGUAUGAUUUAUUUAUGUACUUCAGUUUUAAUUAUUUGAUGAAACGUGUUGAUGUUUUGUAGUUCGUUCUGGCCUAGCAGGUCCUAGCAGAUGUAGGCGCGCAUCCAAGCUUUGGCGAGCCAAAGUUAGUCGCGUCCCUGUGGUCUCACGUUCAUUUUCAUUACUAAGACUUUGCCUACACCACGCAUCACGGUUUUUAAUUUUAUUUCUGAUCUGAUAGUUUUUCGGUUACGAGCGGUACUGGUUUUUUUGUUUUGUUUCUGCGGCAAACUGGGAAAUGUCAGCGUAAAGGAUAUUAGGCGUGAAUGUCAGCAUUAGAAUAAAUAUCACAACGGAACCACCUUACCCGACUGGCCCGUUUCUGAAGUCGAUCGAUCAAUCGAACGAUCGGCAGGAAAAAUUGUCGGAAAAAACCCUGCCUGUUUUCCAUUCAAAUCGGUUGUAACACAUUCCGUACGUUAUUUUGUACUGUUAGCGAAAUAUAAAAUGGUCCGAUGAUGCUUCACUUCAUCAGUAA